UUUUGAUCCUGUUCUCCCGCCAGGCCCUAUAUUGUAAUGCCUUGCCACCGUCCAUAUAUAAAUAGUCUUUCCCUCCAUAAUUUGAGAGGCUAUCCAUCACUCAUUGCUGGGUUUCUUCCUUUGCUCAUUGUCAGAAACCCCUUCUUCCUACCUUUCCGGGCCUGUAUAUCACAGAUCUUGCCCAAUUUGUCUCAGAAUAUUUCCUGUACAGAUCCUAACAUAUCCCGACCCGCACUUCCCUGGCACGUCUGAUUAGGCGAGCACUCAACUAUUGGAAACCAGAUUCGACGCUCCGGAGGUGGAAAAGCAUCCUAAAGAAUCAUGGACGACAAUCAUCCACAGGCUGUGAAGGCGUCCCAGGGCGGCCAAGAUCUGAAUGGUUUCUGGAUGUAUGUCGAUUGGGAAUCUGAAUUCCAAUCUGGAUUUGCACCAAAGAACCUUGCUCGUAGCACUGUGACAGUGCGAAAGAUGCCAGACCACAAAAGAGCUCGAAGACAGCAAAAGGGUUCUGCGGGACAAGCAAGGAAUGAGACUCCACCCUUUCUCAAGGCCCACCAUACGAAGCGAUUUGGCAAGAUAAGUGCCCAUGGAAAGCUUUUCGCCCAUGCUACCGCGAAUCUCAAGAUCGAUGUGUCAAGGAAAGAUGGCAGCACGAUCUCGAUACCUUUGAAGGUUCUUGCCAACCGCAAAAAAUACCAACCAAACUCGCACAUUUACGAUAACUUAGCUCAGCAAGCUUCCAUGGCCUUGGAGAAUCAAUGGCAAUCGCUGGUGACCUCACGACCUUCACAAGAAGCCUCGCGACCUACACAAGAAGAGUCGCUGCUCAUUGCUUAUUCAUUCGGGAUGAAGGAGAAAUAUGUUGAAGUUGCAAGCAGAAUCACCGUACAGUGUGCCAUCAACGAGCAGGGGAGUCUCCUAGAGGUUGGCACAGAUGUACCUCUGGAUCGCGUCAUCCCUCCUCACGCAGCUGGUGCCAUUAAGAAGACACGCCUACAUAUAAUCGACUCCAUUCUUGAGGAAGUAUAUCGACAACGUAGCACCCUACAAGCCCUGAAUUCAUGUCAGGUAGGGCGUCCUGACCAGUGCGAAAACCCUGGUACAAGCUCUCAGAAUGACCGGUCCGCGCAGGGGAACGCAAUUUCGGGCCUCAAUGACUGGAACGACUUCAUUCACUUAGGAAUACGACAGGAAUGCGCGUUCCUAAACUACGAGGCUCUCGCAUCGCUAUUGGAAGCAGAGGGUCUCUGGCCUCCAGUUUCGGCUACUUCGAUCCGCAUGUCGGUCUAUGAGCUCACGCAUAAGCUGUAUUCCAUCAUAACUCCUACGAUGACUGCCGAUGGCGAGAUGCAUCGGGAUUGUGGGAUUGGUUUCACGCUGUGGAACGGCACGGUUAGGAUUGUUAAUCAGAUGCCGGAGCCGGUCUCUGACGAGGCGAAGAGGGCUAUGGAGCUGCACGCGAAGAAGUUUGAGCCUCCCUGUGUGCCUGUUGGAAGUGUACAUGACACCGACGUUGUUCCUAAUGGUGCUGGGCAGGUCCGUGGACGGGCUGACAGUGGCACCUUUUAGGGGAAGUAGAAGACUGGUAAAAUUCUGAUGGCUGCCUUGGGCUUGGAUCAUGCUGUUCUAUAGGAGACUGAUGAUUCCCUGGAGGAGAGAUCAUCGUAUGGAAGGCUGAGCAUGAUUGAAACAGGGACUGUUCGUUUUGUUUUGAUGGGUUAUAAGGUCAGGCUCAUUGGUUCAGGUUUGUGAGUGCAAUGCCUUACGAGCGCCUUUCGAGUUUGAGUGAUGAGUCUGAAUUAAAGAUUCGAUUAAAAAAAAUC